AUGCCCCAAGACGCGGUUGUCGCCCCCGCGGCGGCGAUGGCAAUGCCGCACGACCCCAACAAUCAUCGCGCGAUGACCCGCCUUCUUCUAGGUGGAGGUGUCUACCUGCUCAUCAACAUGGCCAUCGGCUGGUACUUUGCAAAGGAGCAGAACGGGGUGCAGGUUACCGAUCCCGCAGGCAACCUGAUCACCGUCCCCGCCAACACCGAAGAGAUUCCCCUUAUCUCCUUCGGCCCAAAGCUCUCGACGAAGGCGCUGUCUACCGCAGCGUCCCCAAGAAGCCCGUCCUUCAACCCGGACCCCAUCGCCGAAGUUCCCUCGGAAAUGGUAAUUCUCGACGAGAAGCGGUUUAAGCUUGGCAACUACAGCGAGAAAAGAUCCUCUGACGGCACCUUUACCGUUCCCGUUCCUGUUCAACACAACCGCACCCUCUGGGGACACUUUUACGUUGGCCUCUCCGGAAGCCAGCUUGACCAUCUCAAGCCCGGCUUCGAUCCCGCAACUGCCUACCACAUCGCAUACCCCUUGACUCACUGGCUUCCGAAGAAGAAGAUCGCCAAGACCAGAAACCUCCUUGACGAUCUGCCCGUCCCUGUCCAAGAGCCGGAUGAAGAUGAGACCGAUGGUCCCAUCAUUGCCAGCUACUACCACCCGAAUAUCACCCUGUCCUUGAUCCCUAACACUGGCGUGAUUCCUUACGCAACCGAGCAUCCUGCUGUCAAGCACUUCCUGCGACUUGAGCCCACCGGAGCGCGAGAUGGCACUGGCCAGUUCUCCUGGUACUACCCCAUCCUUUUUGUCAAUAACUUCUGGCAGCUCAAGACUCACAUGACCCUUCUCAACGACACCGUCAAAACCCUCCCCAUCCACAUCGACCUCAACAACAUCCGCAGCUGGCAGUUCAAGACCAUGGCGUCCCUCGACCUUUCCGCCAAGGAGUCUGCUCGCCAAGCCGCGUUCGGUAACGCCGUCCCCGGAGGAGGUGACGGCUCUGAAAUCGAGAUGAUCAAGGAGAUCUUCAUCGACAGCAACCCCAUCCUCCUCGCCAUCACCGGUAUCGUCUCCAUUGCUCACAUCAUCCUCGAGACCCUCGCUUUCGGCUCCGAUAUUGCCCACUACCGCAAGAAGAAGGACAACGUCGGCAUCUCGGUUCGCUCUAUCCUCGCCAAUGUCUUCAUGCAGACCGUUAUCCUGCUCUACCUUGUCGACAACCAGCAGAACACGAGCUGGAUCAUCCUCGGCUCCCAGGGUGUUGGUAUCCUCAUCGAGUUUUGGAAGAUCACCACCGUUGUCAACGUCAAGUUUGGGCCCUUGCCGCCCGGCUCGUGGCUACCCUACGGCGUCACCUUUGAGGACAAGCAAAAGCUCUCCGAGACUGAGGAGAAGACCAAGGAAUACGAUGAGAUUGCGUUCAAGUACAUGUACAUGGCCGGUGUGCCCCUCCUCAUCGCCUACGCCAUCUACUCCCUCUUCUACGACUCCCACAAGUCUUGGUACUCGUACAUCAUCACCACCCUCGUCGGUUCCGUUUACGCCUACGGCUUCCUCCUCAUGGUCCCCUCUCUCUACAUCAACUACCGCCUCAAGAGCGUCGCCCACAUGCCCGCCAAGGCCAUGAUGUACAAGUUCCUCAACACCUUCAUUGAUGACCUCUUCGCCUUCACCAUCAAGAUGCCCCUGCUCCAUCGCCUCGCCACCUUCCGCGACGACAUCAUCUUCUUCGUCUAUAUUUACCAGCGCUGGGCUUACCGCGUCGACUACACUCGUGUCAACGAGUUCGGCCAGGAUGGCGAGGACGUCGCCGAGGACGUGAAGCAGACCAAGACCAAGGUCGAGGCCGUCGCCGAUGCCGCCGUCUCCCAACCCGCCGUGGCCGAGGAGAUUUCUCAGGGCACCGCCACCACCACCGGUGCCGAGAAGAAGCAAGCAAAGAGGAGAAAGUAA